CAGGCGACGGAGGAGGACGAGCUGCCCUUCCAGAAAGGGGACACCCUGAAGAUCCUCAACAUGGAAGAUGACCAGAACUGGUACAAGGCUGAGCUGUUCGGCCGCGAGGGCUUUGUCCCCAAAAACUACAUCAAGGUCAAGCCACACCCGUAAGUACCAUCCCACCAGGCGGGCAGCAAUCCCAACUCCCAAAGGUCUGCACGAGCCAGGGUAGUCCCACACGUGGGGAAACUGAGUCACAGAGAUGGGGGGGUCAGUCUGCCAGUGUCACCAGAGCCUGAGGGGACAGGAGGCAGCAGCACACCCACGUACCCCCAAAAAUCCAACCCUCACAUUGAGCUGCCACUAAAUAAAUGAUAAUUGGGGAACAACAAAGCGUUCUGGGAUUAUGACUGCAUUAAACACAAUCCUAUUACCACGUUAUUAAAGCCCAGCCUAAUCCAUCGCUGAUUGAAGCUGUGUUUUAUAUAUCCUUAGCCCCUGGUAAAUCACAUUUAAAUGCCGGAGCGAGCGCGUGGGCUCGGGGCAGCCCGGGGCGCAUCCCACUGCUUCUGCAGCUUGGGAUAACAACCGGGAUGGGCGAGACACAGCCUCUUCCGUGCAGCACCCGGAGGGCUGGCUCUGUGCUAAACUCCGUGGCUGAUCAUUCACCGGGCAACUUUCACAGCAGCAGAGAAUCUUCCCGGCCCAGGGACCUGAAAUACCCGGGCACAGGGCUGGGACACGGGACUCGGCUCCUGCCGCUCCUUGGGAGCUGCGGCUGCAGCGGGACGGGUUUGUCCUGGCUCCGAGGGGUUGCUGCUCUGCGCCUGGAAGGGCUGUUCCCACCAGGGGCCAAGGGACGCGGAGGAGGGGACAGGCAGCAAAGCGGGGCCGAGGCGCGGGGUGACAGCGCAGGUGACAGGAUGCGGUGGCGGCUGUCGGUGACGCGCAGGGGGCAGCGCGCCCACAGCACCCCGCGGUGCACCCCGAAAAUUCCGGCAUGAACCACGAGGGGGAGGGAAGGGAGGAACUGCCGGGGGAGGGUCGCAGCCCCCUGAGGAGCCCGAUGCAGACCCCUCUCCCACCAGGAACCUCGGAGCCUCCACCCCGCAGGCUGCGGAUGCGGCGCCGGGGUGUCCCCGGGUGGCCGGGGGUGCCCGGGGGUGCUGAGCCCGGUGCCCCUCGCAGGUGGUACGCGGGCAGGAUCUCCCGGCACCUGGCAGAGGAGCGGCUGCUCCAGCGCAAUCACCUGGGAGCCUUCCUGAUCCGCGACAGCGAGAGCGCCCCGGGCGAGUUCUCCCUGUCCGUCAGCUACGGGAAGCACGUCCAGCACUUCAAGGUGCUCAGGGAGAGGAACGGCAAAUAUUUCCUCUGGGAGGAAAAGUUCAACUCCCUCAACGAGCUGGUGGAUUUCUACAGGGUGACCACAGUCGCCAAAGAGCGGCAGAUCUUCCUGUGGGACGAGGACCAGACCCAGGAGCAGGCAUCCCGAGGCUCGUCCUCAUCCCGUGGUGGCACAGCAUCCCCAUCAGGACCCAGGCCAGGGGCUGGCAGAUGGGGACCCCUCUCCGCCCACCAACCCUGGCCCUCAGCUUCCCUGCAGGUGAAGAGACCCCGAUUUGUGCAAGCCCAGUUUGACUUCUCAGCCCAGGAGGGCUCCCAGCUGCCCUUCCUCCGUGGGGACAUCAUUGAGGUCCUGGACUGCCCCGACCCCAACUGGUGGCAGGGGAAGAUCUGCGGCCGUGUCGGGCUCUUCCCCAGGAGCUACGUCCACCCCAUCCACAAGUGACCUUCAGGUGACCAUCCACAAGUGACCUUUGAGUGACCUUCAAGUGACCAUCCACAGGUUACCUCAAGUGACCAUCCACAGGUG